ACAUUUAUCUUCUCCCUCCCCCACCUUCCAUUUCCACUCCCUCCCCUUUUUUCACUCCCCACGCUCCAGAAACCCCAAUCAUGUCCCUGGGGAAGCGUCCGCGCCCUCCGAUCAGGCGGACCACGAGCAUGAAGGGGAUCACCGUCGACGCCACGGAACCCUCCGAUGCCCAGAACCCCAUGCAUGCAAUUAUGGCGGGUCUUGAAGAAGGGGUGCCUCCUCUAAAUCCGAACAACAUCUACCCUGACUACGAUCACCAGCUCAUGGCCAUGGUGUCACCCAGAAAUCCCAGAGGCGGUUCCGUCGAUUUUAUGGAAACCCCUCAUUUUCUAAGAUCCUGUGGCCUCUGUAAACGCCGAUUGGUUUCUGGUCGCGACAUUUAUAUGUACAGAGGGGACACGGCGUUUUGUAGUCUAGAGUGCAGGGAGCAACAGAUGAAGCAAGACGAAACGAAAGAGAAGAUGAGCGCUAUGGCGUCGAAGAAAGAAGACCACCACGCAUCUAAUUCUGCAGCAUCUAAAGCUUCUUCAACUAAAAGCCAGACAGUGGCGGCUGCCUGAGAAUGAAGAGAUGAUAAAUUAAUUCAAGAAAAAAAGAAAAAGGAAAAAAGAAGUGAUUAUAAGUAAGGCAGCCUUCGGAGAGAUAUUAAGGAGAAAAAAAAAGAAAAAAAAAAAAAAACUGUGCAAAUUUAUAUGUCACCAUCGUCAUAUCGUCUCAUGCAAUUUUAAUGCCCACGAAUGUUUAACACCACAGGCCAUUGAUGGCGGCCAAACAACGAUGUUGUUAAUGGAAAAUAUAUUAUGUAAAAGAUGUAAACAAAAUAUGGUGGGUGUAGUUGUGUUCUUGAUUAUGCAAAUUGGCAAAGUUCUGAACCUUGAAUUUCUGUGUUAAUUGCACUAUAGUACUACUUUGUCUUGUACCUAAGAGUGACGUUCAAAAAAUAAUAAUAAUAAUAACUGAGGUCGGCUUAU